AUGUUCUUCUGGAUUGAUUUGGUUUUGUUAAGUGGCUUCUGGGUGUUUGGUCUCUCCAACCCAGACGGUUUCUUAAGCUUGUCAUGUGGUGGCUCAAGUUACAAAGCUGCUUACAACAUCUCCUGGGUUUCAGACAAUGAUUAUAUCAAAACAGGUAACACUACCACGGUUACUUUCAUGGAGGGAACUUCAACUUCCAGUGUUCCCAUCAGAUUCUUCCCAGAUUCUCGAGGUCGCCAAUGCUAUAAGCUACCUAUGAGGAAGAAGGACUUGUCCUCUGUUCUGAUUCGAGCCAAAUUUGUUUAUAGAAACUAUGAUAGCCAGAAUAGUCCUCCAGCAUUUAAUGUCUCUUUAGGAAGGAGAAUCACUAGUAUUGUUGAUCUCAAAACCAAUGAUCCUUGGAUUGAAGAGUUGGUUUGGCCGGUCAACGAGGAUUCUCUUUUGCUUUGCUUGAUCGCGGUUAAAGGGAGAGGCAUUCCGGUUAUCUCUUCUCUAGAAGUAAGGCCUCUUCCUUCAGGUGCUUACAGAAACAGCAUUGAGGGUUCUCCAAACAUAAUUCUCAGGAGAAGUUACCGUAUCAACAGCGGAUACACAAAUGGGACUAUCCAGUACCCUUCAGAUCCAUAUGAUCGAAUAUGGGAACCGGAUCAAAGUUUUGCACCGUUUCACGCCUCUUCUAGCUUCAAUAGACCCACAAGAUUGUCUUCCUUCAACAACAUUACUGAGAAUCCGCCAGCUUCUGUUCUUCAGAGUGCAAGAGUUCUUGCUCGCAAAGACAGACUCUCAUAUACACUUCCUCUAGAUACACUAGGGGACUACUACAUUAUCCUCUACUUCGCUGGGAUACUCUCACUCUCUCCUUCUUUUAGUGUGACGAUCAAUGAUGAAGUCAAACAAUCUGAUUACACCGUGAACAGCUCAGAAGCUAGUACUUUGUACUUCACCCAGCAAAGAAUCAGUAAGUUAAACAUCACCUUCGGAAAAAUCAAGUUCAAUCCUCAGGUAAACGCUCUUGAGGUGUAUGAAAUCCUCCAAAUCCCUCCAGAAGCUUCUUCAACAACAGUUUCGGCACUUAAAGUCAUAGAGCAAUUUACUGGACAAGACCUUGGAUGGCAAGACGACCCAUGCACACCGAUUCCUUGGAACCACAUUGAAUGUGAAGGAAGCCACGUUACAUCAUUGUUUCUCUCACAAAUCAACUUGAGGUCCAUUAGUCCAACAUUUGGAGACUUGCUUGAUCUCAAGACACUCGACUUGCAUAAUACAUCACUUACUGGAGCAAUACAGAAUUUAGGCAGCCUUCAGCAGCUACAGCAACUGAAUCUGAGCUUCAACCAAUUAAAGUCUUUUGGCUCCGAACUAGAAGAUCUGGUUAACCUUGAAGUUCUGGAUCUGCAAAACAACAGCUUACAAGGAUCAGUUCCUGAAAGUUUAGGAAACCUGAAGAAACUUCGUCUCCUGAAUCUGGAAAACAAUAACUUAGUAGGCCCCUUGCCACAGUCUCUUAACAGAACGGGUCUUGAAGUCAGGACAACGGGAAAUCCAUGCCUUUCGUUUACUUCAUUAUCGUGCAACAAUGUGUCUUCAACAAUUGACACACCACAAGUCACUAUCCCUAUCAAUAAGAAGCACAAGAAGCAGAACCAUAUAGCGAUCUUGCUUGGAGUCUCUGGUGGAGCCUUGUUUGCCACUAUGCUCAUUUUUGGUUUCACGUCGGUCUACACGAGGAGACAACGAAACAAAGAGAGAGAUAUAACCAGAACACAGCUGAAGAUGCAGAACUGGAACACUUCAAGAAUCUUCUCUUACAAAGAGAUCAAGUCAGCUACAAGGAAUUUCAGGGAGGUGAUUGGCCGUGGAAGUUUUGGUUCUGUAUACCAUGGGAAACUCCCAAGUGGAAAACAAGUUGCGGUCAAAGUGCGAUUUGAUAGAACUCAACUUGGAGCUGACUCUUUCAUCAAUGAGGUGCACCUUUUGUCUCGGAUCCGCCACCAAAAUCUAGUUUCCUUCGAGGGCUUCUGCUACGAACCUAAACGGCAAAUCCUGGUUUAUGAGUAUCUUUCUGGUGGAUCAUUAGCUGAUCACCUCUACGGUCCAAGUAGCAAAAGUCUUCCACUGAACUGGGUUUCAAGACUAAAAGUUGCAGUUGAUGCUGCAAAAGGAUUGGACUACCUGCACAAUGGAAGUGAGCCGAGGAUUAUACAUCGUGAUGUGAAGUGCAGUAACAUACUUCUGGACAAGGACAUGAACGCGAAAGUUUCCGACUUUGGCCUGUCGAAACAGUUUACAAAAGCAGAUGCAUCUCAUGUUACAACUGGUGUUAAAGGCACCGCAGGCUACCUUGACCCUGAAUAUUACUCCACACUGCAGCUUACAGAGAAAAGUGAUGUCUAUAGCUUUGGUGUGGUUCUGCUGGAGCUCAUCUGUGGAAGAGAACCCUUAAGUCACUUAGGAUCACCAGAUUCUUUUAACUUGGUCUUAUGGGCUAGGCCAAACUUACAAGCAGGAGCAUUUGAGAUUGUGGAUGAGAUCUUGAAAGAUACAUUUGAUCCAGAGAGCAUGAGAAAAGCUGCUUCAAUUGCUAUAAGAUGUGUGGAGAGAGAUGCAUCUGGUAGACCGUCUAUUGCAGAAGUUUUGACUCAGCUGAAAGAAGCUUACAGUCUUCAACUCUCAUAUCUAGCUGCUUCAGCACAUACAGACUGA